AUGAAGGCCACAUUCGCUUAUGUCAUGGUCGCCGCGCUCUUCGGACUGUCGCAGGCUUCCGUUACCCCGCUCAACAACAUCAUCCGCCACGAGUACAACCUGAACGCCAGAGCUGGUGUUCACGGCAACCUGGCCGCGAUCGCCCGCCGUGAUGAGGCGGCGGCGCACACGCCCGACUACCACAUGGGCGCAUCAGCAACACCAGGCAACGGGCCACUUGGUCCGCCGAGUCUUCUUCACACCAAACGGAGCACAGCCAGAUCCAUGGCACUCCAAGCAACUUUCAACCUUCGAUUCUUGCAUGCGUUAGACAUGCCACCUAGGGUACAUGAGCGGGAGUUUACGGGCGAGCUGGGAAUAUGA